AUGAGUAUUCCAUUAGUCGACCGCUGCAUUGAAUGUCUACUUUGUCAUAUGAUUGGGGAUCAGUUAGGAGCUGGUGUCGAAGGUUACUCAGCUGCCAGAAUUAAACGUGAGCUUGGAACAGUACGCGAUGAUAUCAAAGCCCCCCAUAUGGGCAUUCCAGAACUUGGGCCUCGUAUUCACAUGUAUACGGACGACACAAAUAGCAUGCUCGCACUAGCUCAUAGCCUUGUUAUCAAUGGCGGCCUGAAAGCCAAACAUGCAGCAAAAUCUUACGCUCAGUUUUGGUCAACUGGAAAUAAACGAGGCUAUCCAGAUUCUGCUCAAGCAAGUAUGCAGGUCAGUGUGAUGUCUUUUUUUCAAUCUUGUUCAAUUUCUUAG